AUCGGGGCAGCCGCGGCGGCGGGGUCCUUCAGAAGACGCUGUGGGGCGGAAGUCGCACACGAGCGCGCGCUGCUGUUGUUUCAGUCGAUUAACUGCAUUAAACUGUUAAUUGUUGUGUUUCGCCGCUUUUUGUCACUCAUUUGCGUGGAGAAGCGCGUUUAAUUUCUCCAGUAUGGCUCCUACGAUACAGACCCAGGCGCAGCGCGAGGACGGACACCGGAGUUCAGCUCACAGAAGCGUCCCAGAGAGGUCAGGCGUCGUGUGUAGAGUGAAGUAUGGAAACAGUCUUCCGGAUAUCCCCUUCGAUCCCAAGUUCAUCACGUAUCCGUUUGACCAGCACAGGUUUGUGCAGUAUAAAGCCACAUCACUGGAGAAGCAGCACAAGCACGAGCUGCUCACCGAACCUGAUCUGGGCGUCACCAUCGACCUCAUCAACCCUGACACGUACCGCAUCGACCCCAGCAUUCUGCUGGAUCCUGCUGAUGAGAAGCUGCUGGAGGAGGAGAUUCAGGCUCCGUCGAGCUCAAAGAGGUCCCAGCAGCACGCGAAGGUGGUGCCGUGGAUGAGGAAGACGGAGUACAUCUCCACCGAGUUCAACAGAUACGGCGUCUCCAACGAGAAGGUGGAAGUCAAGAUCGGUGUGUCCGUGAAGCAGCAGUUCACAGAGGAGGAGAUCUACAAAGACAGAGACAGUCAGAUCGCAGCCAUCGAGAAGACGUUUGAAGACGCACAGAAAUCUAUUGCCCAGCAUUACAGCAAACCCAGAGUCAUGCCGGUGGAGGUUAUGCCCGUCUUCCCAGACUUCAAGAUGUGGAUUAAUCCGUGUGCUCAAGUCAUCUUUGACUCUGAUCCGGCACCUAAAGAUGUUUCUGCACCAGCGGGGGUGGACAUGAUGUCACAGGCCAUGAUCAGGGGUAUGAUGGACGAGGAGGGGAAUCAGUUUGUGGCGUACUUCCUGCCUAACGAGGACACGAUGCGCAAACGCAAGAGAGACGUGGAGGAGGAUCUGGACUACAUGCCUGAUGAACUGUAUGAUUAUAAGAUCGCUCGCGAGUACAACUGGAACGUGAAGAACAAGGCCAGUAAAGGAUACGAGGAGAACUACUUCUUCAUCUUCAGAGACGGAGACGGAGUUUAUUAUAAUGAGCUGGAGACCAGGGUGCGUCUGAGCAAGCGGCGAGCGAAGGUCGGCGCUCAGUCGUCUACGAACGCUGUGCUGGUGUGUAAACACAGAGACAUGAACGAGAAGGAGCUGGAGGCUCAGGAGGCUCGCAAGGCUCAGCUGGAGAAUCACGAGCCUGAGGAUGAAGAAGAGGAGCUGGACCUGAUGAAAGACCUGCAGGACUCCGGUGAGGAGCGUGAGAAACCCAGCGACUCUGAUAACUCUGAGAGCGAGUCUGAGCGUGAGGAAGAGGAGCGUCCUGCUGAUGAAGACGAGGAGGAGGACGAGGAGGAGGUCAAGCGGCGCGAGAGGAAGAGCAGCGGCAGCGAGAGCGGAGAGGACCGGCAGGCGCGGGACGAGGAGGAGAUCUUCGGCAGUGAUGAUGAUAGUGAGGAUGAGGAGGGUGAGCGAGCGAGGAGUAACAGCAGCAGUGUUCAGCACAGCGGCAGCGAGAGAGCGUCCGACUCCAGCGACGACAGCCAAUGAGACGCUCAGCUCCUGCUGUUUCCUGUUCCUGUCUGCUCCUCUGAAUCCCACACAGACGUGCGUCUGCACUGCAGAAACAAGGCUAUCUUACUGAGUGUUUCUGUCUUGUUUCUAGUCAAAAUAUCUGGAAAUUCUUAAAUUACGAUGCAUUUACUAAAGCACAAUGAAGUAAGAUAUUUAGUCUUGUUUUCAGGGGAAAGUGCUUUUUGCUUAAAAUAAGUAGAAUUAUCUGUCAGUGGGGUAAGUCAUCUCAUUUAAAAUAUAUUUUACUUACACCACAGGCAGAUAAU